CAGUGGGAACUGAACAGAAGCUACGUAAACUGCAGAGAGGACAGCACCUACAGUACAUACAAAAAACACCACGCUCAUGCGCAAUAAUUUCCGUAUCAAUAGCCACGGAAAAACAGGUUCCAGAAAAUCUUGCAAAGCAGCCACUCCAUAAUAUUUCAUGAUCAAAUUUUGGGCGUAGUAAACCCUCUCGCUUCGUCUCUUCCUCUCUACUACUAGUUCUACUACGGGUGACCAAAUUCCGUCCAAAAAGAAACGACAACACAUAACUGGUUUGCAGGGUCACCGCGAGCUACCGAGUCUUCGGAAAUAUGGCCCUUUUCUCUUUCUUUGCGGGUUGGAUCGGUUAUUUGUUUAUUUGCCUGCUUGGAUUGAUUUUCAUCGCAUUUCUCUGUUUUUGUCUUUACAUAAAAUAUAUUCAUCUGAAAUAUGAUCACAUACCGGGACCACCAAGGGAUAGUUUUAUAUUUGGUCAUUCCCCAACCAUGCUGAGGGAGAUGAGCAAUGGUCGAGUUGUCCACGACAAAUUUCUGGAAUGGGCUGAGACAUAUGGACCGGUCUACCGUAUCAACGGUUUGCAUGUUGUGAUGUUGUGUGUGACCUGUCCUGAUACCACCAAGGAAGUCCUGAUGUCACCGAAGUACCCCAAAGACUCAAUGGUCUAUAAGCGUCUCUUCAACCUGUUUGGACAGAGGUUUUUGGGAAGUGGCCUGGUCACAGCACAGAAUCAUGAUGAGUGGUACAAACAGCGAAGAAUAAUGGACCCUGCCUUCAGCAGUCUGUACCUGCGGGGUCAGAUGGGUGCGUUCAACGGGAGGGCAGAGAAGCUGAUGGAUAAACUGGCGGACAUGGCUGACACCAACACAGCUGCCAACAUGCAACACAUGUUCAACUGUGUGACACUGGAUGUCAUCACUAAGGUGGCGUUUGGAGUGGAGCUGGAUCUGCUGAAGGAGGGUGACUCUCCGUUCCCCAACGCUAUAGAGAUGUGUCUGAAGGGAAUGGUCCACUAUCUCAGAGACUUCACCUUCCAGCUCUACCCAAAGAACAAGAAGUUCAUCAACGAGGUGAAGAAGUCUUGUCAACUGCUGCGUUCGACAGGCAGACAGUGGAUCAACGAGAGGAAAAUGGCCGUCCAAAACGGAGAGGACGUUCCAAAAGAUAUCCUCACACAGAUCCUCAAGACGGCUGGCAAAGAGGAAAACAUAGCAAACGAUGAUGAGGAGCUAAUGCUGGACAACUUUGUGACGUUCUUCAUUGCGGGGCAAGAGACAACAGCCAAUCAACUAGCUUUUGUUGUUUUAAUCAUGACAGGGCAAGAGACAACAGCCAAUCAACUAGCUUUUGCCGUCAUGGAACUGGGAAGGCUGCCAGAGAUACUGACAAAGGUGAAGCAGGAAGUGGAUGAUGUCAUCGGGAUGAAACAGGAAAUCAGCUUUGACGACCUGGGGAAAAUGACCUACCUGUCUCAGGUUUUGAAGGAGACUCUAAGGUUGUACCCUACAGCACCAGGCACUUCUCGUUUCAUCCCUAACGACAUCGUCAUCAACGGCAUCCCCAUCCCAGCAGGAGUCUCAUGCUUUUUCAGUUCGUAUGUCUGUGGAAGGUUGGAUAAGUUCUUUGAGGACCCGCUGAAGUUUGACCCUGAGAGGUUCCAUCCAGACGCUGCCAAACCCUAUUACUGCUACUACCCCUUCGCCCUGGGACCACGCUCAUGUCUGGGACAGAGCUUCGCACAGUUGAGCACACCAAAGAGAUCUGUUGUUCACAGAUGGAGGCCAAGGUAGUGAUGGCCAAGCUGCUCCAGAGGUUUGACUUCAGCCUGCUGCCUGGCCAGUCCUUUGACCUCCUGGACACUGGGACUUUGAGACCAAAGAGUGGAGUGGUUUGUAACAUCAGACACAGAGGACAGACACCCGCAGCCUGACCUGACUGGGACCUGAACAUGACUAGCACUUCUCUAUAACAUACUUGUCUUAUUUCUUCUACUUCCUAGUGGAGCAAAUUAUCUCUUUCUUUCAAUGAAGCACCUUAUUCAAAUAUCUAGCUAUUUUUUAUGAAAAUGGAUUUUGAACAAUUAUGUUUAUUCUUUGUAUCAAUGGUGAAAUAAUAUCUUAAAUAUGACGGUUCUGUGUGUUGAAGAGUUACUAGGACAGACUUGACAUAGGAGUGUUUGUAUUUGUGCCGAUUCCAUGUUGUUAAUGCACCCUUAUCAUGUAGUUACUAUGCAGUAUACCAUUUAUCACAUAAUAUAAAGGUUACUAUGCAGUAUACCAUUUAUCACAUAAAAUAAAGGUUACUAUGCAGUAUACCAUUUAUCACAUAAUAUAAAGGUUACUAUGCAGUAUACCAUUUAUCACAUAAUAUAAAGGUUACUAUGCAGUAUACCAUUUAUCACAUAAUAUAAAGAGAUUUAUAAAGUAUAUAUUAACUUAUUUGAUGAACUUCCUAAUCAACAUUACCACAGUGCCUCUGUUGGAGUGAAUUUACUAUAUUUUAAUAAAAUAAUUGACCAAA